ACUGGACGUCGCACGUUGAUGACGCGGUAAGAGCCGCGACGGCGAUUAUUAGCUUUCUGUUUUUUGGAGCUCUUUUUUUUAAACAUUUUUUUUAAAACAUUUUUUUUUGUAUCGUCGUAGCGUUGCGUUUUAACCGCCGGCUGACUUCACGAACGAGAUGUCGUCCCUGUGUGGCCCCAGCAACAGCUGUCAGGACGCGGAUCAAGAGGCCGCGGAGAAGCAGGAGAAGGAGCAUCCUCGUGUCCUCAUCCCGGAGUUGUGCCGACUCUUCUACCAGCUGGGUUGGGUGACGGGGACGGGCGGAGGCAUCAGUCUCAGACGAGGGGAGCAGAUCUACAUUGCACCAUCGGGUGUCCAGAAAGAGAGAAUACAGCCAGACGACAUGUUUGUGUGCGACGUGGAAGAGAGGGACGUCAGCUGUCCACCCGCCUGGAAGAACUUAAGGAGGAGCCAGUGCACGCCGCUGUUCAUGAACGCCUAUACGAUGAGAGGGGCACAGGCAGUCAUACACACCCACUCCAAGGCUGCUGUCAUGGCAACGCUGCUGUUUCCUGGCAAAGAGUUCAGGAUAACACACCAGGAGAUGAUCAAGGGGAUCUGUAAAGGCACCUCAGGCACCAACUAUCGAUACGACGACGACCUGGUCGUGCCCAUCGUGGAGAACACGCCGGAGGAGAGGGACUUGAAGGACCGGAUGGCCCGGGCCAUGGAGGAAUACCCCGAUUCGUGCGCCGUCCUCGUGCGCCGACACGGCGUCUACGUCUGGGGGGAGUCGUGGGAGAAAGCCAAGACCAUGUGUGAAUGCUACGACUACCUGUUUGACAUCGGUGUGCAGAUGAAGCGCUGUGGACUGGACCCUUCUGCCCGCCCAACAGAAGAAAAGGGAAUAGUUUGACAUUCACCGGUGCUUUUUUUUUUUCUUCUUUUUUUUUUUAAAACGGAGACGUGUUGCAGAAAGGUCAGUGGCGUUCGAUCGGUGCGUCUGUAAUCAUUUUGUCUUUCACGCCGGGGGAAAGAUUCGAAUUUGAUGAAAUUUGAUGUCGAGGGCACGAUCCAGGGUCGGAGGAGAUUGAAUGUCUGUGAUCCGUAAGCUUCAAGAAGGAAAAACCCAAAUAAACCCACUGUGGAACCGUUCUUGAAUGAGCAGCUGGCAAAUCAAGGUCUAUGGGAGGGUGGGGGGGGGGGGGGGGGGGGAUGGUUUCCUAUUCAAGGUCUUGUGCAUCUCAGUCGAGUGCAACGAUGAUUAACUGCCUCUUUGCUUCAAUCAAUAAAAGAACAAUG